GGGGCGAUCCUGCGCUGGCUCCCGCGCUAUUCCCGGGCGUGGCUGCCGCUGGACCUGCUGGCCGGGCUGGCCGUGGGGCUGACCACCGUGCCCCAGGCGCUGGCCUACGCCGAGCUGGCCGGGCUGCCGCUGCAGUACGGCCUCUAUUCCUCCUUCAUGGGCUGCUUCGUCUACUGCUUGCUGGGCACGGCCAAGGACGUGACGCUGGGCCCCACGGCCAUCAUGUCCCUGCUGGUGUCCUCGUACGCCUGCCACGAGCCCGUCCAUGCUGUCCUCCUGGCCUUCCUGUCUGGCUGCAUCCAGCUGGCCAUGGGGCUCCUGCACCUCGGAUUCCUUCUGGAUUUCAUUUCCUGCCCUGUCAUUAAAGGGUUUACAUCGGCUGCUUCCAUCACCAUUAGCUUCAACCAGAUCAAGAACAUCCUGGGGCUGCAGGGGAUCCCGAGGCAGUUCUUCCUGCAGGUCUAUGAGACGCUGCGGAGGAUCGGGGAGACCAGGGCUGGGGACGCUGUGCUGGGGCUGAGCUGCCUGGCUGCGCUGGCAGGGCUGCGGGCCAUGAAGAGCCACCUGCCCCGAGCUGGCCCCGCAGAAGCACUGGCUGUCAGGAUCAGCCACCUGAUUGUCUGGAUCUCUGGCACGGCGCGCAAUGCUCUCGUGGUCCUGUUUGCUGGCCUGGUGGCUUACUCCUUCCAGGUGAUGGGCUCCCAGCCCUUCCGGCUCACGGGCAGCAUCCCCCAGGGCCUGCCGGCCCUCCGGCCGCCGCGCUUCUCCCUGGCAUUGCCCAACGGCACCGUCCCCUUCCAGAGCAUGCUGCAGGACAUGGGGGUCGGGCUGGCCGUGGUGCCGCUCAUGGGGCUGCUGGAGACCAUCGCCAUCGCCAAGGCUUUCGCCUCUCAGAAUGGUUACAGGAUCGACCCCAACCAGGAGCUGCUGGCUCUGGGCGUCGCCAACGUCCUGGGCUCCUUCGUGUCCUCGUACCCCAUCACGGGCAGCUUUGGCCGGACGGCGGUGAAUGCUCAGUCAGGGGUGUGCACUCCCGCGGGAGGGCUCGUCACAGGUGCCCUGGUCCUGCUGUCCCUGGCGUACCUCACCUCUCUCUUCUACUACAUCCCCAAAGCGGCGCUGGCCGCUGUCAUCAUCUCGGCCGUGGUGCCCAUGUUCGACGCUGGAAUCUUCCUCACGCUCUGGAGGGUUAAGAGUGAGAGCAAGGCUCGGGAACGGUCCGGCCGUGCAGGAGCCCCCCCGGCAGUCACACUCGCCCCCCCGAGCUGGGACAGAGGCCCCUUCACCACUCCCCCCUGCCCCACUCACACAGACCAGGUUUCCUCACCCCUGUUUCCCAUAGCAGAGUCUCAGACAUCCCAAUCCUUACUUCCAGCAGCAUCUCCAGCACGUGCUGUGGUCCUGGACUGCAGCCACGUCAGCAGCAUUGAUUACACGGCGGUGCUGGGGCUGGCAGAGCUGCAGCAGCAGCUGCACAGGCACGGCCUCUCGCUGGCCUUCUGUGGCCUGAGGGACCCUGUUCUCCGAGUCCUCCUGUCUGCAGACUUAGAAGGAUUCCAGCAUUUCCCCAGCUGGGAGGAGGCAGGGCGGUGUGGGGGAGCAGAGCUGGGGGGCAGCAGGGCAGAGCCCUCCAGCAGCACUGCCGAGAGCUCUGGGCUCAUCCAGUGAGACGAGGAGCGUCCUGUGACACCCCAGGGACACCCCAGGGACACCCCAGGGACACCAACACACGCCGUGGGAGCCACCUGCCCCAGCCCGGCCAGGGCAGG